AAAUGGAUCUACUGACUGCAAUCAUUUUUGUGGCUGCUUUGCUACACCAAUCUGAUGGACAGGAUUUUCAGCAUAAACAAUCAGACUUUUCCUCUCAUCGUUUUAUACUUCAAACUCAAACCCAGAUCCUUGAGCAACACAAUGAAAUACGGAGAUCUGUAAUUCCCACGGCCAGGAACAUGCUGAAGAUGAUUUGGAGUGAGGAAGCUGCCAAAAAUGCCCAGAAUUGGGCAAAUAAGUGUGAGAUGAAAAUCAGCCCAAGAGAUCAGAGAGUCAUUAAUGGUGUCCCCUGCGGUGAGAAUGUAUUACUGUCAUCUUAUGCAAGGACAUGGGCUGAAACCAUUCAAGUCUGGUACAAUCAGUCCUCUAAUUUCAAGUACGGACUUGGAGCGAUUGCGGAAAAUGUCGAUAUCAAGAGCUAUACUCAGCUAAUCUGGUACAACAGUUACCAGAUUGGAUGUGCAGCUGCCUACUGUCCUAGGAACCAGUUCAAACACUUUUAUGUUUGCCACUACUGUCCUGCAGGAAAUAAUGCAAUGCAAAUAGCUACACCUUACAAAAGCGGACCAAAAUGUGCAGACUGCCCUGGCCACUGUGACAGAGGGCUUUGCACCAACUUUUGCAAGUAUCAAGACGUCCUUCGACACUGUAGAACCAUGAAAAUCUUGCUGGGCUGUGAGCAUUCACUGGUGAAGGAGAAGUGUCCUGCUACCUGUGGAUGCACGACUCAAAUCAUGUAA